AUGUCGUCUCCUCUUGCCACAACUGCAUCUCCUCUGCCGACGUCCAUUGAAGAACUAGGAAUAGUUCCUGCAGCGCUGCUUCAAGUUAAUGUUCUUCCUGGCUCCCACUGGGCAGAGAUAGGAGCAAAUGCCGACGCCAGUGAUGCCAACGACAAUGACGCCGAAUCCGAAUCUACCCUGAGUGCAGAUGCUGCGUCCUCCACCGCCUCCCUAGCAUCGUCUAUCCUUGCAUAUCGCCAAAUCCAUGGCCGCACCUAUCACAGCGAACGUGGAAACGCGCUGUACUGGGGAUCUAAUGAUCAGAAAGCAAAUGACUCACUUGAUCUUAUAAAGUCUUGGAUGUUGGCACGGGGACCGAAUGCCAAGGUGUUCUCCGAAAAGUCCUCUGGGCUGAGAAAGCUCCUGAAGAAGUCCAACAUCUACAUGGAAUAUAUUGAUGGCCCUGUUGUACUAGAGAAAAAGGACUUGCCAUUUGAGGUCGACGAUGCGAAGUGGGCAGAGAUUGCCGAUAGUGGUGUCAACAGGGCCUGGUUCUACCACGACAAUGUCUCCAAGAAGCUCGAUUUACAACUGGCCCUCGCAUCGGUUGUGAAGCACAUCAAGGAGAACGGCCCAUACGCCGGCAUCGUCGGUUUCUCUCAAGGUGCGGCUGUCUCCACCAUCAUUGCGAACACGAUCAAGUCCUACCCGGAACUCUCCGGCGUCCAGGACUACUUCAAGCUCUCUCUCGCCGUAUCCGGUUACUCGUUCACGGAGCCAAAGCCAGAUGGCGCCGAAGGCGAGCUUCAGAUCACAGAGAAAUUCGUGAGCGCCUUUACCGUGCCCGUUGACGACCCGGCCUACGUCACCAAGUCCGUCUUCAUAUACGGGUCCAACGACAACUCUGUGCCUGGCGUCAGAUCGCAGUACCUUGCAGCCAUGUACCCAGAGGAUAAGAAGGCUGCUUUCCAACACGACGGCGGUCACUUCGUGCCCAACAAGAAAGACUUUUUGAAUCCCGUGGUGGACGAGAUCCUUAUUGCCGUUGGUCUUAAAGAGUCUAAAUGA